AGGAUGAGAAAUGUCCGCGAAUGUAUGAAAUAAUCAUCCUCGUAUAAAUAGAUGAGUCCAUCUAGCUCAUGUUCUUUUCUUUACAUUUCAUUAGCCCUGGAAAGCAGUUCAUGAUUAGUUGCUUGAAUCAUGCCACGAAAAACGAAUGGAGCUGAAACUUUGGCUGUUGGUCGGAGCUUCUUAAAGUUCCUCCAAAUGAAUGGUCUGUGCAAUAUGACUGAUAGAAGAGAGAUGGGGGAAAUCUACAGGAAUAGCUUCAAGCCUUCUCAUUCAGCGACUAGUGGAUGCUCUUUCAGCAAUAUCAUCUAUGUGCUCCGAUCCAAGAAUGAGGUGAAGACAAGAGGCAAGAACAAAGAAAUAAUUAUCCCAAACUUUGCGAAGGAUAAAUUCACUGACGACCAGCUGCACAAGCUUGAUCUUGGACAAAAUCCAUGUAUUGAUGACUACCUUAUUGGGGUGAACCAUUACCACUGCAAGUAUUGUGACAUAAAGGGAAAUUCCAAGAAAUCUUUCAUAUGCCAUUUGAACGGUAAAAAGCAUCGCCAACAGAUGAGCUGGAGUUAUUUGAAGGAAAAAAGACCCGUUUUCAUAGAGAGUCGUGAAGGUAUCACAGUUGCCUGUGACAACUCUGAUAAGGAUGGAACCAUAGCAUUAACUAUGGAAAGAAACAAGACAGAGACAUUCAACAUUACCAUCAAAAACAACAGUCCUGAUAAAGUCAACUUCAUAGCUUGUGUGAUGUUGAAACUGCAGCCAGCCAUCAGCAUUCGGUCUGAAAAGAAUGAUCUUCUAUUGCCAGGAAUGGAGUCCACUUUGAAAGUCAGUGUCACAACAGAGUCCGUCACUGUUCUUCAAAGUCCACUUCUUUUCGCCUUUAAGAGUUCCACUUCUGUUGAGGUUUUUCAGAUUCUGCGUUUUCUGAAGAUAGAUGUUGUGAGUGAUAUAGCAAAAGAUCUGCCGCCCACAGGCAUACCGUACAAACGCCCUGAAAGAAAGUCGAGGAAGGAUCUAGACGGAACUGCUGUGGAGGGUGAACGUCCACCAACCUCAAACAAGAGUGAGCUAGUGAUGGGAGUGCUGAAGCCUUACCUCAUUCCAAAACGGCUACGCUUCAUGGACUCACUUGAAGACAAAGAAAAUGAUAAAGAGCGGAACGCUUUUCAAAUGCCUCUAAAAUGGGACAACUACGUCGAGAAACUGUCAGAUUUGCUUCAUAUUGAGGAGUUGCAGAUGGAAGUGGACAUCCGUAGAUAUGACUUGGAGGGGACCACUAUGAAAAAAGACGGCGGAUUCCUACGGCUUAAAGUCCCAGGCCUUGCAGAAAAUCGUCCCUCGGUGCUAAAGGGAGAUCAUCUUUUUGCUUGGUACACGAAUGAACGAUCCAAUAAGGAGGAUGCUAAGAAAUACAAGGGAUAUGUCCACCGUGUGGAGCUGGAAGAACUGGUUCUUGGCUUUAACAAAGAAUUUGUGAACAGACACAUCGCUGGGGAAAAGUAUCAUAUUGUGUUCACCUUCAACCGGUUCCCACUUCGUCGUCAGCACUUUGCUGUAGAGGAGGCAUUCAAGUACCACAUGGAACCAGUUCUCUUCCCAAAGUCUACUGACCAAGGAUCUAAAAUACCUUUGUGUACAGUGAAGGAAGACACAAGUGAAUUUUCGAAACAGCUGUACGACAGGAAGCUUGAAAGCAAUGAGGAGCAGAUGAGAGCUAUCCAACAUAUCGUUAAAGGCUCCUCCCGUCCUGCUCCUUAUCUUGUCUUUGGACCGCCAGGCACUGGCAAGACUGUUACCAUAGUUGAAGCUAUGAAACAGGUCUACAAUGCUUUGCCUGAGUGUCACAUCCUUGCCUGUGCUCCUUCUAACAGUGCCACCGAUCUGAUUGCAAAACGUCUACUCACCGGUGGAACACCAAUAGAUAAGAACAACCUCCUCCGAUUGAACGCAACAAGUAGAGACUGGAAGACAGUGGAUGAAACUCUCAAGGAGAAAGAAUGCUGUAACUAUGACAAGAUGACAAACGAGACUUACUUUUCCUCUAAGGAAGACAUCAUGAAGAAGCGUGUUAUAACCACAACACUCUGCACUGCUGGACGACUUGCAUCAGCGGAUUUCCCUAAAGAUCAUUUCACUCAUGUCUUUAUUGACGAGGCUGGCCAUGCUGUGGAACCAGAAGCCAUCAUAGCUCUGUCAAAUCUGCUAAAUUCUGAGAACACCAAAGGAGGUCAAGUAGUUCUAGCCGGUGACCCCAAGCAGCUCGGACCCAUCAUCAGAUCGCCAUUAGCGAUUGAGUAUAAAUUAGAGCUGUCACUUUUGGAGCGACACAUGACCACAUCUAAAGUAUACAAACGCAGAGAAGAAGAGCCUCACUACGACAACCGUGUCUUGACCAAGCUUUUGCGUAACUAUCGCUCCCACCCAGACAUCCUCAAACUACCUAAUGAGAUGUUCUAUGAUGAUGAACUUGAGGUUCAUGCUGAUAAAAGGGAGCGAGAGUGUCUGUGUGGUUGGGAAAAAUUGCCCAAUAAGAAAUUCCCCAUCAUUUUCCAUGGUGUGGAAGGCAUAGAUGACCGAGAGGGUCACAGUCCUUCUUUCUUCAACAAGAAGGAGAUUGAGAUUGUCGUGGAGUACGUUGAAAACCUUCUGGACAAGAGAGGAGGAAGAAAAAUCAAAGAGUCUGACAUUGGGAUCAUCACUCCAUACCGUCGCCAGGUACAAAAGAUUAAGGAGGUGUUGAAGAAGCGUCACCAUGGUGACAUCAAGGUGGGGUCAGUUGAGGAGUUUCAAGGUCAGGAGCGAUUGGUCAUCAUCGUCUCCACGGUACGCAGCACUAAACCAGAGCACAUCCAGAUGGACAUUGACUUUCAUCUCGGCUUCGUCAAGAAUCCCAAGAGAUUGAAUGUUGCUGUCACACGUGCCAAGGCAUUGUUGAUUUUGGUUGGUAACCCAUACAUGCUGAACAAGGACCAGAACUGGAGCAUGUUUCUUCAGUAUUGUAUUGAGAACAAAUCUAACAUAGGAUGUAAUUUUGAAGAGGAAGAGGACGAACUGGAGGAUAGUAUACAGAAGCUUGAUCAAGUUGAGAUUACUGCUUCAUUAGUUGAUAAGCCAGAUGGACUGAGAGCGAGUCUAGGAGUAAGUGCUGUUGCUGAGCAACAAGAUCCUGAGUGGCGAAGUGAGGUGUAAUGAGCGCCCUCGCUGUGAUCCUUGUUGUACAGAGCAACCAUUGUGAUCUUCACACUGCCUCAUACGCGUAAUGUUCAUCACUGAUUUAAAUUUAAUAUUUGUUUCAGAUGCUUUUUU